AUGAGUAAGUACUUAAGGUCGAGAUCUAGUUCAAACUUUCCAAUUAUGCAUCUCCUAUUUAUGACUAUAUUAUUACAGAGCGCUAAUUUUAAAUGUCUUGAAUCACCAAAUAGAGUCAUCAGAAAUCAGUAUGUUAAUAUAAGUGACUCUACUUGUGCAUAUUCUGGCUAUGUAAACACUGAAUCAUCUUCAUUUUACUAUCAACUCUACUCUAAAGAAGAGAAUCUGACAAAUUAAGAGCAGAAAAUACCAAGACCUUUGAUUAUUUGGAUCAACUCAGGCCUUGGUACAUCGUUAUUCAUUGGUAACAUGCUAGACAUUGGGCCACUGAAUUUAGACGAAUCAUUAAACAUCUAAACAAAGCCAAAAUCAUGGUUAGAUGAAACAAAUCUUUUAUUCUUCGACUAUCCAGAUCACACAUCAGGAUUUAGCAGGUACACUUCUACUAUUUCAGACCAAUUUAUAUAUAAUGACUUUACAUCUCAAACUGUAUUUGAACAGGAAGAUCAGGAUAUAGAUCUGAACUAUGAGAUAUAUACCCUGCUAUAAUAACUUCGAAACUUGUAUCCUGAAUUAAUCGGAUAAAUGAUAAUGCUUGCUGGUUAAAGUUACUCUGCUAAUCAGAUCAUUGAACUUGCCACAUUUAUCUCACAAGAGAGUAAGCUUAACAUUAAAUUGAGUUAUUCCGUAUUCAACAUUAGAGGAAUAAUCAUGUUUAACCCACUUAUCGAUCCCAUGCAGCAAAGAUAAGGCAUAGAAGAUAUUGCUAUGGAAUUAGGUAUAUUAGACUAGAAUAGUAUAGGAUUGAUAAACUCACUUAAUCACUAGUGCGAGUUAUCAUUGAUGAAUGAGUACCCUAAAGAAUAGACUACUGAAUGCGUAAAAGCUCUUUAAUACAUACAACUAAUGAGUGGAAAUGUAUCACUCUCAGACUAUAGGAAACCAGAUUCACUAUUUAAUAGAAAACGCAUGCUGAGUUAGAAGUUCAGCAGAGAACUGACCUAAAAAUCAUUGAUUGAUCUCGUUAACAUCCUCAACACUCCAAUCCCAGUUUUUGUAAUAAUGGGCCAGUUUGAUUUAUAAAUCUCAAAAUAGCAUACCGAAUCCUUGCUACUUGGCUUAAAUUUCCAGUUUAAAAGUUAGUUCGAUAGAUAACCCAGAAGGCACUAUAUGUAUUAAAAAAAUGCUACUAACAAUAAUAUGUCAAAUUAUGAAAUAGGGGCUUAUCAUAAAUCCCUCUGGCCUUUACAUUAUAUAGUAGCUAAGAAUACUGGUCAUUUUGUAUCUGAUGAUAACAUGGACCUCUCACUUUAAAUCCUAAAAGAUAUGACUCAUUUCGCAACCUUGAAAUGCCACAACCAAGACAACGAUAUCCAGCAAUGCCACUAACUUAAUGAAAAUGUAUGCUAGGUCUAUCUGAACAAUUGCAACAAUCAGGGAUUAUGCUUAAAGAAUGGACAGUGCUAUUGCUUUGAGGGAUAUUAUGGUGCUGAUUGCUCAAUAAAACCUAUUGAAAGACGCAUUAUCUAGAUAAAAAAACUUUCACCUCGAUAAAUAGAGUACAUGAUACUGAAUAUCACCAAAUAUAAGCUAUCUGGAGCAUGA